UGCCUUCUCCUUCUCGCUGGAGACACAACUCACGAUCGGCUACGGCACCAUGUUCCCAAGUGGGGAUUGUCCCAGUGCCAUUGCACUGCUGGCAAUCCAGAUGGUCCUGGGGCUCAUGCUAGAAGCCUUCCUCACAGGUAAUCUUUCCUACUGCAUCUUUACACACAACAGGUGUAACAACUGCAUGUAAGAAUAGAGCUAGAAAUAAAUACUGUUCAUUUUGAUAUAUGAAAGAACAAUUAAGGUAGAGGCACUAUAAGGAUGACAAGUUAAGCUAUGCAGUACUAGAACUUAAACAGCUUUAAUCAACAAAAGACAAAUUAGGUGUUGUCAAUAUCUGGACUUAAGAAUUUCACCAUUAAUUGGAAAAUACUUGUGGUGGAUCACUACAUAUCGCUCUCAAUCACUUAUUUCUUAAACCAUUCUCUCUCUCAGCUAUUACCAUAUCAUUACAAUAUUAAAUUUGUUUUGAUUCUUAAGGUAUACUUUCAUCUAGCUGAGACAUCUUCAUUGAUCUUUAACUCAGUGCUUAUGUAGUCCUCAGUACCCAACGUAAUGAAAGUUUUUACAAUGUCACAGCUAUUUUGAGGUAUUUAAAUAUUUUUCAUGCCUAAAGUAACUCAAAAUACUGUGAAAAUACACAGGCUAGUUUACUGUGUAUUAGAAAGAGCUUCAACAGUAUAACAUACCAAGAUCAGUUCCUAUCACCAAUUACAGUUAGUUGGGGCAAGCUAACAGCUUCCUUACAGCUAUGGUUAGCUUCCAAAUAUUAAUAAGCGAACAUAAUUUAGAAAAAUAAGUAUUUUAGGAAAGCUAUACUUUUUUGAACAAAAGCAGGUUAGUAAGAUGCCAACCUAAGUUUCCAAAGAUGGUCUUUCCAGCCUCAGUCUGUUUCUGCUCCCUUGGCAGCUGCAGGGAGCCAGCUCGGGCUCUGUGCUCACACUGAGUUUGCUCUUUCCCACGCCCCAGGUGCUUUCGUGGCCAAGAUUGCACGCCCAAAGAACCGAGCACUCUCCAUCCGCUUCUCACGCUCUGCUGUGGUCACACACAGCGAGGGGAAGCCUCACCUCAUGUUCCAGGUGGCCAACACUCGCUCCAGCCCCCUGACCAGCGUCCAGGUCUCCGCUAUACUUUACCAAGAACAAGAGAGUGGGCAGCUGCACCAAACUAGCAUUGAUUUUCACCUGGACAGCGUCACUGUGGAUGAGUGUCCUUUUUUCAUUUUCCCACUGACCUACUACCACUCCAUCACUGCAUCCAGCCCUCUGGCUGCUCUCCUUCAAAGAGAAGCUCCUCCCCACUUUGAGCUGGUCGUUUUCCUGUCAGCCGUGCAGGAGGGCACAGGAGAAACGUGUCAGAGGAGAACAUCCUAUCUCCCGUCAGAGAUCCUGGUGUACCACCGCUUUGCCUCCCUGCUAGCCCGCAAUGCCAAAGGUGAAUACCAGACCAAGAUGGAGAAUUUUGACAAGACUAUUCCUGAGCUCCCAGCUGCACCUGACUCAAAGAGUCCAAAAAGAACUGACAAGGAGAUCCGCAUCAAUGGACAGCACAUCGACAGCUUCCAGCUCUCUGAGACUGGCCUCACAGAGUAGAGAUAACAGACCUUGAACUCUGUGCUUUUUUAAUUAUUAUUACAUUAAACUUGCGGGUUCUGUUUAAAAACUUACUUCCUUGCCUGCCCUGCCAUCUUCUAGUGAUCUCUCUCUUGUAGUCCCAUCCUUCUGAUUAUAAUGUGAUACACAGAGUGAAGAGAAUGUGUGUGCCCACUGAGGAGAGGCUGCAUUAACCAGCCAGGGUGAAGUCAAGUGCCUGAAUUACAGUACUAAUUCUUGGGAAAUUAGAAGAGCUAUCUGCUAAUUCACCAGACUAUGUCUAAAGCCACAGUGACCCCCCGAAAGGAGGGAUCUUCAGAACUCCCAAAGCUAACCAAAGUCAUAAUUAACCAGCUUGUGACAAAAUGGACAACAAAACAAAAGCAGAAAACAGUAUGGGGUCAUUCAGUGAAUACAUGAGUUCUGGUAUAAGUAACUCUGUUCAUCCAAAAGCCAAGCUCUGCUAUUCUCUCUUCUAACUCUUUGGCAAUACAGACUUACAUCAUUUUUCAGAUGGCUGAAAGUCCUGCCAAUCUCUCACGGCAGUGAACAGCACUCCGGCUGCACUUAUUAGGCAAAAUUAGAAAUCCUAAGUGCAGUUCUUCAUUCUGCCAAAUAAGAGAGCAUCUCACUCUGAAACAGGUCUAUGAAGACACUAUCAAAAAAUCUGGGUGUAUAUGACAAAUACUGCAAUGGAAAUUUUUUCUUUUUUGAAAACAGUGAAUAAAUUAUUUAGCAGUGGAAAAAAAAAAAAGACUAUUUCUAAUGAAUGAAUGUAGGGGGUUUUUUGAAGGCCCAUACAUUCCACAUGUUUUCACCUUGGCGCUGCUUGUCUCAAUAUAUCUGACCCAGAAGGAUGCACUAUAUAUAUAACAAGUAGAACUGCAUCCAUUGAUAUUUUAUGCUUUCUAACAUCAAUCUUUGCCUGUACACACAGCACAAAAAAAUAUUUAGAGACACUUGAAUCAAUUUUGAAAUAAAAAUUUAUAACAAACUA